AUGAAAUUGUGGAAAUCGAAGAAGCCCAUCGUGGGUUGUGUGCCCGGCAAAUCCUCGGCCCUCAAGCAGGAGCAGGAGCUCCAUCACCAUCAUCAUCCACAGCAUCCACAGCACAAUCCACAUCCCCAUCCACAACAGCAGCAGCAGCAGCAUCCACAAGCCGAAAGCAACGGAAUUGCAUUGGCGCCCAUGCUAUCCGUCGAUCGAGCCAUGAGCCCAGCACAGUCGGAGGACUCUGGACUGGCACCGGAACGGGGCACCACCUAUGCCACCAUCACACUGCCACGCAAUGCCCUCCAUCUGGCCAUCACAUUUGCAGAACGUAACGAUCUUUCGUAUCCCCCCGUUGUGGGUGCCCUCAAUCCGGUGGGGCAUGCGGCGGACUUUCUGGCGCCUGGGGAUCGCCUGCACCAGAUCGAUGGCAUCUCCACCAUUGGCCUCAGCAAUCAGAAAGUGAUGAAUAUGCUCUGUACCGAUGCCGGAGGAGGAGGAGGAGGACCAGCCAUCGUUGAGAUUGAGUACUCGCUGCCGGAAUACACAGUUUCCCAGAAUAGUCUCUGUGUAUCCUCGAAAUUGGCACAGAUCACCGUCGAGCGGGAGAGCGGCUGCCUGGGUCUGACGCUGCGCGGCGGUGCCGACUAUCCGCUGAUUGUGACCCAUGUCCGUCCCCAUGGACCCGUCUACAAAACAGGACGCAUCAAGCCCGGCGAUCGUCUGCUACGAGUAGAUAAUAUCUCGCUGAUUGGCAAAACCCUGGCCGAGGCCCAGCAGAUCAUCAAGUGCGGCGGUGUUCAUGUGUCCGGAGGCUACACCAAUUUGACCAUCGAAUACGAUGUGUCCGUUGUCCAGAGCGUCGAAUUCUCCAUGGGUCCCCUGCUCAUCGAGAUCGAGCGUCCCAUGAACGACAAGCUGGGCCUCGUGUUGUGCAACUAUACCGCAGCGAUGGCAGCGGCGGGAUCCUCCUCCGUAUCUGGCUCUGGGUCGAGUACACCUUCCAGUGGCGGGGGCGAGAAGAUGGAGGAUAUGGUGAUGGUGGUCACCCAGCCGGGGGUCUAUAUAGCGAGCAUACUGCCCGCCAGCAUUGCCGAUCGAUGCGGCGCCUUAUCCGUUGGCGAUCAGGUGCUCUCCAUCGACGACACCAUGAUCGAGCAUUCGGCCUACAGUCCCGACGAGGUAAUGACCAUAUUGGACACCAGCACAGGACGGGGCUACACGCAAAUGCAGAUCAUGCCCGCUCACGCUCUGGCCCGACGCGGUCACACGGCGCUGGGGAGUCCAAAGUACAGCUUCAGCACUCUGGAGUCCCGCAAGUCCACGUCAGCGUCCGCGUCGACGGGCAGACAGCGGCAACGCUUCGCCAGAAAGAGCUCUCUGCCACUGGAGGGACAGCCAAUGGCUGCCGCAGCUGCAGGUGGAGGAGGAGGAGGCGGAGCAGGAACAGGUCAUGCCAGCAGCAGCCUGGGCUUGUGCCGGGCCGAGAGCUUUCCCGUGCUUCUGGAUUGCAGCCAGGGGGCUGGCAUAGUCCUUGGUGGGGAUGGCAGCCAGGGAGGAUGCGGAGCAGCCAUGACCAUUGGCCAGAUUCUGGCCGAUUCGGUGGCCGAUCGCAGUGGCUGCAUCCAGGUGGGUGACCGCAUAGUGGCCAUCAACAAAAUGUAUAGCCUGGAUGCGAUGGCCAUGCGGCAGCUUCUGGAAGGAGGCUCCUUGCGCCACACUUCCAAUGGAAACGGCCAUGGCUCCAAUGGGAACAUUACCAACAUGAACGCCCCGGCCAAUUGGCUGGAGCUGGAGAUUGAAUUCGAUAUGCCCGAUGCCGUGGUGCCCUCCAGCGGUGUGUUCAAUGUGAAGCUGCUGCGCGCGGGCAAGUGUGGCCUGGGCCUGAGCGUGAGCGGCUCCAGCCAUGGCGGUCUGGUCAUCUCCGACGUGAAGAUGGGCAGUCCCGCCCAUCGCAGUGGCUCUCUGAGGGCGGGCGACAUCUUGCUUGCAGUGGAUCAGCAUCCAGUGCAGCACUUUAACGUGGAUUCCCUGCUCAAGGACUCUCAGCCAACACAGCAGCAGCAGCAGUCGAGCAGCAGUCCACCCGUGAGUUCCACAACGGGAGCUGACUUUACCACGCUGACCAUCAAGCGUGUGGUGCUGCCCGACUUCCUGCCGAUGGCCAGCAGUCCCAUCUACAGUAACUGUCCAGCGGGAGCGGGUGGCAUGGCGGAGCACGAUCUGUACAGCAGUGCCUAUGUGACGGCCGGCAAAUAUGCGGACUGCAUCUCCCUGAAGUCUCGCACACCGCAGCCGGAGUACUUUCGACUGCCCAGCAGCAUGCCCAUGCAGCAGCAGCAGCAGCAGCAACAACACCAACAGCAGCAACAGGAGGAGCAGUCUGCGGUGCAGAUGAGACAUGUGGGGGGUGGUGGCUCGUUCAGCCGCUCGUUUGUGGGGGCUGGUGCAGUCAAUACGCAGAGUUUGACCACGGAACUACCCGAGGAGGAGGACGAACAGGAUGAGGACCGGGAGCAGCUCUACACGGGCUACGAACUGAAUCGCUAUGCCAGUGUGGAUUGCACGGCUUUGCCGCCGCCCAUGGAGAGCAAGGUGUACGGUUCGGCGGCCAGUUCGAGCAGCAAGAGCAGCGGCAGCAGCCUGCAUCAGAUUAUCUUCACCGUUCGCCUAGAGCCGAAGGGUGGCCUGCUGGGCAUCACCCUGGCCGGCAGCGAGGACAUCACCAAACCGAUCACCAUCAGUGGCCUCGUGGAGGGUGGCAUUGGCCAUAAGAACGGACAGAUUCAUGUGGGAGAUCAGCUGCUGGCCAUCGACGAGCACUCGGUGCAGGGUAUGCCGCUGUCGCAUGCCACCAGUCUGCUGCAGAAUUUGGGCGAUCUUGUCGACCUUAAGAUACUGCGCAGCCAUGCGGAUCUGGCCAACGGCAGCCACCAUCUGCCCCAGACGCAGGCCAUCUACGCGAAAGUGCAACGACGGCCGCGCAGUCCCAGCAAGGAGUCAACGUCCAAUGGGAAUGGCAGUGCCACCGGCAGUGCGAACGGCAGCACGAAUGGCAUUGCGAAUGGGAGUGGGAAGCAGCGUAUUUUCCAUGUGACGCUCUACAAGGACAAGGUGUACGAUGACUAUGGCUUCUCCGUUUCCGAUGGGCUAUACGAGCGGGGUGUCUUCAUAAAUCGCAUACGCAGUGGCGGCCCCGCGGACAUGUGCAGCCUGCUUAAGCCCUUCGACCGCAUCAUGCAGGUGAACGAGAUGAAGACGCAGGACUUUGACUGCUGCCUGACGGUGCCGCUGAUAGCCGCCGCCGGUGACAAGAUCGAGAUGAUUAUGCAGCGCACAGAGUAGCUCCUGAACACGCAUCACAUCGGCCCCUGUUAAACUAGUUGUAUGCUAAGCUAAUCCUAAGUGCCAUCAUCCCAUAACACCACAAAAUCCAAACCAAACGAGAGUUUAUUCGAUAAGCUUAUCCCAACGAGAACGGAGAAGGAGGACGAACCAGACGGCUGCCUUGAGAACACCUUUAACGACAAUAAUAAGCACAAAAAAAUCCAUGAUUCGUGAAUAUCGUUAUACCGCUACAUCGCUUGCCUUUCCGCAUAUAUCGUAUCGUAUAUCUAGAUCUUUAGUCUCUGCCAUAACCAAAUAAUGCCCUCUUAAGGUAGUUCUGCCAUAAUUAUACUUAAAUUCUAUCUCUAAACUUGUUUUCUAGCGUAAAUAAAUAAUCUUACUGAAAGUUUGUUCGAAACUAAACAGAUACCACAAAAGUAAAUGUAUGUGUCGGGUUUCCUGCACAGUAGCCACCCACACAA